AUGGCGAUGGCGAUGCGACGGGUGGAGUCCAUGCCGGAGCUCGGCGAAGCGCGCGCGAGCGCGAGUCAAGAGACGGCGCGCGCGCUGAGAUCGGCGAAAAAUAGCGAUGAGAGCACGGAGGAUGCGUUCGCGAUGGCGACGAGCGAGGCGGCGGGCGACGACGAAGACGCGAGGGCGGAGCGAGACGAAGCGACGAAGACGCGAGAGGCGACGGCGCGCGCGCGCGGCGACGAGACGACCGCGGACGAGCGCUGUUUUGUCGAUCGAGAACCCACGGUGUUGAUCGUGGAUGAUUGUUCGAUGAAUUUGCGCAUCGUGAGCAGGGUGUUGGCGGCGAUUUUUAGCGACGUACGCGUCGAGUUCGCGCACGACGGUCGGGAGGGUAUCAAGCGGUACGAAGAGUUACGGAACGAUGUGUCGUGUGAUUUAGCGCUCAUCAUCGUGGAUUAUAACAUGCCUUGGUGCGAUGGGGUAACGGCGUCCAAAUGGCACGAUUGA